UUCAGAGGGCAUUAUUCACUUUAGGAAGCCCAUUCAGAAGGUGCUGAGCAGAAGAAGGGGAGAAGCCAGAGAAGGAUGGCAGCAGACAGCAGCAUGGCUCCCGAAGAAAAGCCGAGCACUGCUCCUGUGAAAAGGGCUGUCCACAAGAUCCGGAUGGCCAGCCAGGUCUUCAGCUUGGCACGAGGCUGGCAGCAGUGGGCAUCUGACCACCAUGUAAAGCAAGAGCAAGAGCCCUCUGGAUGGGUCCCCGCUGCAGAGAACUCAUCAGUUCAGCCUGUACAAGAAUGUUCCUUUGAAAAAUGGCAAAUUCCAUCUGUCAAGAGGGACCAAGAAAAAGAUGAUGAAAAAUCCUCAGCAAAGGAUUCGGCGACAAUAAGCGAUGCUGAAAAAAAAUCAAGGGAAUCAGAUGAAGACCCCAGAAUGUUCAGCAUUAAAAGCAAAGAGGUGACCAAAACAGUUGUCAGCAAAGCCUAUGAACGAGGAGGCGAUGUCAGCCUCCUCAGUGAAAGGUACGAGAACAACAACAGCAGUUCUGAGAUGACCAAACUCAAAGAAGAAUCAAGUGCUAUUGACAAAAUUCUUAGCAACAAAUUAUCCUCAACCAUAAGGAGGAAGUGUUCAAAUGUGGUAUCAGAGCUGACCAAGGGCUGGGAGAAGAUGGAAGAUGAGGACAAAGAUGGGGCCAAGAGAGAGCUGCUGCUGAAGUGUCGUGAUGACAGCCUGGAUGCCCAGGACAGUGGCUAUGGGGAAGCAGAGGACAAGCUCGAGCAGGAAGACAACGACCGGGAGGUGACAGCUGUGAGGAUUAAACGGCCUGUCCCAUCUCUCGCCAACCGGCUGAGCGAGGAGGCGCGGAGCAACGCGCGCAGGAAAUGCAGCGCUGUGCACAGCCUCAAGGACAGGUGGCAGGAAUGGGCCGACCAGCACAUCAUAACGCAGAAGCUGAACCCCUUCAGCGAGGAGUUUGACCACGAGCUGGCCAUGUCCACGCGCCUGCACAAAGGAGAUGAAGGGUAUGGCCACCCAAAGGAAGGCACCAAAACUGCCGAGAGAGCCAAGAGAGCUGAGGCCCACAUCCACCGGGAGAUCAGGGACAUGUGCUUCAUCAUUGAAUCCAUGGCCAAGCCACGGCCCGAUGGCAAGAUCCAAGUCACUUUUGGGGAACUCUUCGACAGAUAUGUUCGUAUUUCAGAUAAGGUUGUUGGGAUUCUGAUGAGAGCCAGGAAACAUGGGCUGGUGGACUUUGAAGGAGAAAUGUUAUGGCAAGGAAGAGAUGAUAAUGUCAUCAUUACUUUAUUAAAAUAAGUUAGGCUAUAACUAGAACAACUUUUGGAAAACUUUUCUCCUCUUCUCCCUUGCCAUUAGCAUUUGCACAUUUUUAACAUAAGAUUCCCCUGUUCAUCACAUAGAAAAGUGUAUUUUUUGAAAUAUGUAUUUUAUAACUAGUGCAUGAAAACCCAAACAGACUUCAUUUUCUACCAGAAGUGCUUUCAGGACAAUUAAGUUAAUUACUACAUUAAAAAUAAGGAGAAAAAGAUAUAUGGAAUAUAAGCAGCUAAUGAUAAAAGCCCAUGGCAAUAUAAAUAGCUACAGGACUAUGAAACAUGCCAGAUCAGAAACUGAAUGACAAAAUAAACUCAGACAAAGUUUUUGAUCUGAAAAAUGCUCUUGUGCACGCACUUUCUAAUUAAUUGAUUUAAAUACAAGUAAAAUUACCUUAAUACAGAAUCAAAGAUACAUUUGUUUUCUUUACAAGCACAAUAUGUAACUAUUACUGCAGUAUUCUCUUGUUGAUGCAACUGUUGACAUAGCUUUCUCUUCUAUAUCACAUAAACAAUUCUUUUUAUAAAUGGGGUUUUAUAUAUUUAUUGUAUUUGUAUAACCAUUUUUUAGAUUGUUUCAUAUUUAAACUUAUGGAGGUUGGAAUGUAAUGAAUAAAAAUGUUUUGAUUAGAUAGCUACCUAAAAAAUACCUUCCAUGUAAUGGUGUGCAAUGUCUUAUCUGAUUAUCUAGGCUGAUACUGUUCUUAUAAAUACAGGGAAAAAUAAUAUGUAAUAUAUAAAAACUAGCCAGGUACUUGUACUUUUGUAUACAGCAAAAAAUUACUAACAUCAUUAUCUUCCAUUGAAAUGUACCUCUGUGAAAAAAGAAACAGCAUUCAUAACAUUGAGGAAAAUGUAGUUCCACAUAACACAGAAAAACUAACCUAAUUUUACAGUACUUGCCAUUCCAAUGUCACUAUAAUAACGUAUUUCAGUCCAGGUGAUGCUGGAGAGGACUAAGUACUAAUGAACUAAUAGUUUUAGGAUGUAAAAUUGUAUUAUUCAUAAAUCUGAGAUCUCUGUAAGGUCUCUGUUACUUGCUGGAUUAGAAAGAUCAGUUUCUCUACCACUAUUAGCUAUCCUGGUAAAAUGUGUGUGCUUCACAGGAAAAGCAUUUGUUUCAGAGCAGAUGCCUGGGCAAGUAAUGAAAAAGAAGUGGUUCCCCCCCCCCCCCCCCCCCCCCCUUUAAUAUUCUUUCAAACUGAAAGAACAAAAUCUCUUCUUACAGAAGUAGAGGUGUAUUAACAUCUUGUCUCUGACAAAACAAAUAUUGCUGUCUUAUUAUGAGUACAGUUUGAAGCUUCAAUAUAUAAAUAAACCAAAUAUUUUAUAACUUAAUAAUACAAGAACUGACUACUACAUCUAUUCCAAAUCUAUGUAAAUCAUGAAUACUUUAGGCAUAGUUAUAUUAUAUGACUCUACAGAAGAAAAAAUUGUAAGAUGGAAUCAAUGGAGCUUAUUUAAUAUUUUCUUGAGACCUCUUAGACUACUGAAGCUGACCUACAAAACUGAUGUCUUAGUGUAAUACUUACAUAUAAUAAUUUUUACCUUAUUCUUUACAUCUUUAUAUAAUGACCUUUUAUAGCUGCCUAAAUUGUCCUGAUAAAAUUUUGCCAUCAAAGGAAUACACGAGCUAUAAGUAAAACCCUUAAUUAUUUCUUGGGUUAUUCUCCCACACACUAGGAAACAAAUACUUGUGCAUAUUCAGUGAAGUAAAACGUCAGUAAGUUGCUUCAAAAUAUAAGCACACAUAUAUUCUCCUUUUCAUAGGCUGUUAGAAUAUUUCCUCUGAAGGUUUCUCUGUCCAAAGCACCAGAGAAAGAUUUCAGAGUACAUGACAAAAGACCUUAUACAGAACACCUGUACAAAAAAUAAACACUAAAGGCAUGUAAGUGUUAAGUGAAUUAAGCUCACCGAUUGGUAGCUCACUGCAGGUAACUUAAGCCUCCUAUUCAGUCAUCCCAGUGUUAAAAUCUAUGCAAAAUAAAUCAAACCCCCGAUGUUUUCCUAUUCUUCCCCUCAAACUACUUUAUUUCCAAUCAGAUGAGAAAACCAUGUGACAUAACUAGGAUUUUUGUUCAUACCACCCUCCACUAUUUACCUUUGAGUAGGCAGUAUCCUGCAAAGCAAAGCAAGCAGUAUCAUGCAAAAUUUCUGAAAAUAAUUUACCAUUUUUGUCAAAAAUAAAUAUUAAAUGUUGAUACAA